AUGGCCAGCUUCGAUGCUACAGCUCAGGGUGAUUUCGGCCGCGAAAAGGGUUCGACUACCGACAUUAUCGACAAACAAGGGGACUCAGCCGCGGGUGAAACGAACUCUGACCAUAACGAGGUUGCAAACUCGAGCGAGGAUGCCGAGAAGGGUGCCCCGGCAAGUAGCGAGGAAGCUCCUGCGCCAGACCCGAACAUUGUCGACUGGGACGGCCCCGACGAUCCUGCAAACCCGCGCAACUGGUCCAAGGCGUACAAGCUGGCCAACGUGGUCGUGGUCAGCUUGUCCGUGCUAUACACCAAUCUCGCAACCACCAUGUUCGCCCCCGGCGCCACCAUUAUGGAGCAGGAAUUCGGCUACAAGAGCAGCACGGUGGAGGUCUUGACUAUCACCAUGGCGUCGCUCGGCUUCGCCAUCGGCCAGUUAUUUGUUCCCCCAAUGUCCGAGGUCUUUGGCCGCAUGCCCAUCUACCGCGCGAGCUCCAUCUUCUACCUCGGAUUCACCGCUGGCUGUUCGCGUAGCACUAAUGUCGCCGAAUUUCUGGUGUUCCGCUUGUUGACCGGCUUGGCUGCUGCCUCAUACAUGUCGACAGGCGGCGGCACCGUCGCCGACCUCUUGCCAAAAGAAGAGAGAGGCGUUGCCAUGGCUAUUUUUACUGCCGGGCCACUCUUUGGUCCUGUCCUGGGUCCCAUCGUGGGAGGAUUUGUUGUUGAGAACCUGGGAUGGAGAUGGUGCUUCUAUCUCAUCUUGAUGCUUGCCGGCGCAGUCACCAUUAUUACCUUUGUGUUCAUGCACGAGACGAGUGCCGUCAAUAUACUCAAAUCCAAGGCCGCUCGACUUCGCAAAGAGACGGGCAAUCCGAACCUGGUCGCCGCCGGCGAUAAGCAGACCCCAGUCAAGCAGCUCGUGCUACACGCCAUGGCCCGCCCUAUGAAAUUCCUCUUCACAUCGCCCAUCGUUGCUCUCAUCGCACUCUACAUCGCCUUCAACUUCGGCGUAACCAUGCUCCUCUUCGCCACCUUUCCGACCGUUUACGAGAACACCUACCACUGGAGCGUUGAUCUUUCCGGUCUGGCGUACGUCGGCGUCGGCAUCGGCUGCGCCAUAGGUGUCGUCACCUUUGCCAAGCUCAGCGAUCGCCUGCUGAAAGCUGAGGGAGGGAGCUACCGCCCAGAACGGCGCCUGAUCAUGAUGAUGUUUGUCUCCCCAAUGUUCCCAAUCGGCCUGUUCAUCUACGGCUGGACGACGGAGUACAAAGUGCACUGGGUUGUACCUAUCAUCGGCACCGCCAUCUGCGGACCCGGAGCCGUCAUCAUCAAUUCGUCGUCGCAGACGUACAUUAUCGACAUCUUCGGGCCUCAAGGAGCCGCAUCCGCUCUUGCCGCCGUUACACUGCUUCGCAACCUGACGGGAGCUUUUCUGCCCCUUGCCGCCCCGACGCUCUACGCCAACCUAGGUCUGGGCUGGGGAAAUAGUGUGUUGGCCUUCAUCACGAUUGGGUUUAUACCUGUGCCGAUUUUCUUUUACUUGCGCGGCGAAGCCCUUCGUAAGAGGUUCCCCGUCGAAAUCUGA